AUGCCUUGGGAUGGAAACGAGCACCGAUUCUCCAGACCGUGGUGGUUAUUGUAUGGCAGCGGAAAGCGUCUGGGACGCCCAAGGGGGAGGGACGGGUGGGAUGAGCGACCUGGCUCGUUUCUUGCAAGGGUACUCUCAAGCGAGCCCUUGUACUGUACGAAUCCCAAAACACUGGGCAUGCUGUCAUGCUCUGUACACUAUUCCGGAACGUCACGAACACCGAGGAUUCAUGACUGCGGCGCACAGAAGCCGCUUACCGCCCUCUCGAGACGGCUCACAUCUCCAUUCGACUCCAUACAUGCGCGUAGAUUGCGAGACCCUUGGCAUGUCGAUUGCGUUUAUGGCAGCAAAGAGAUCGUAAAGCUCGUCUCCGCACAUGAUUGGGGCGAACUCGGUGGCCUCCUCGUACUCGACAUUUACAGUCGCGACUCCGUCGCAAAUGUUGCUCAUGAUGUCUUCCAGGAGGCGCAGAUCGGUAUUCUCUUCAAGAAAGCAUCGUUGUGCUUUGAAGAAAUCCGUGUAGAGUUCCCAUUGCUCGACUCUGCGCACGACCAUCGCCGGUAG